AUGCCCUUAGAGAAUGGAGAGGUCCUUUCACGGUGUAUCCAGCAAGUCGCCAAGGCCUGCAGUGAUGUGCAAAGCUCCGUGAAAGAGCUGGGGGCGGGUCGGGACGCCAUUGCCCGAGAUAGGCUCCGUCGAACCCGGCUCCUGGUGCAGCAGUGCAACAGCCGCGUAGAGGAGGUGCUCAGCGACGCGGAACCUUCUCUCGAGUCGUUGAGGCAGCAGUACGCCAAACAGAAGGCAGUUUUCGAGCGCAUCAAUGCCGAGGCCACGCGUCGGGAGCGGCAGACCUUCCGGCAGACAGAUCCGGCCAGCAUUCGGGAAGGCGACCUCGACGUUCUAGAGUCGCAGGUGACAUUUUGCGAGGCGCGCCCCCUCAAUGUGUCGGAGUUUCACACAGAGGAGGCGAUUCAGCGUGAGAAGCUACAGAGUGCGCGCGAGGUCGAGUCGGAUGUGAUGGACCUCAAGAUGACGUACCAGGAGUUUCACUCACUCGUGCAUCAGCAACAGGAAAGCCUAGAUCGUGUGACGAACAAUGUGACGGAGUCCCGCUCUCUCAUUGAGCGCGGACACGAUCAGAUCCAAGGCGCCACACGCCGGCAGCGGUCUUAUCGAAAAAUUGGCUGCAUUAGCGGUACUGUAGUCAUCGUCAUCAUGGUCAUCGUCAUAACUGUAGUCAUGGUUCUCACCUGA